AUGGAUCCCCGGGAAAUCGUUAAUCUCCCAAUUCUUUCGAAUGAUGCCUCUGCCGUCGAGUAUCGACCGCACCAAGUGAGGAGCAUGACAAAGAGCGAGCUAAUUUCGGUGGCGAAAUUUCUCGUAUUGUUCAAGAAGCGAGAUCAUCCGCGGAUGCUCCAAUACUUUCUACACAGUCUCUUCGAUGGAAAGCAAACCGCCGUUCGGAUUCAUCCCUAUUUGUACAAUCCAUACUUCUUUCUGACAAACCUCAAUGGACAUUUCACCGUUUUCAUAGGAAAAAAGUUCAACUCCCACGACAUCAACCAGCUGUUGGAGGUGCGAGAUAACAAUGCGGACGUGCUGUUGCGUAAUGCCGAACAUCCGGAUCCAGGGGCCGAGGAUGAUAUUGAAAUGCUGAACUUAAUUGACUCCCACUACCGCCAUCGAACAAGGCCUGAUGGAGGUGAACAUAUUGUUACAGAAGAUGCUGAUGAGCAACGCCUUCGUGAAAAAGUCGAUGCGGUUCGCGCAAAGAUGAGACUUGCGCAAAGCCAAGAUGAUAUUCAAUUGGAUCAACCGCAAGAAAGUAAUGCUUCAAUGGACGAGUCUCGCCUUACGCCACCAGUUUACGUGGUGGUUUCCGAUGACGAGCCACCCAAACCGACUACUUCAACAUCUGGUGGCGAAAUGAAGGUUCCAGAGGUGGGGACAAAGGCUCCAACGCCUGUAAGUGGAUUUAUUUACAGCAAAAUUGGGAUUUGUCCCCGCGAAUUCAACCCAGACUGUUUUGUCUAA